CCUUAAACGUAAUAAUACGAAAUAUUUCAUUUUUACAAAGUUCAAUUAAAAAAAUUCCAUUUCACAAUUAUUUUGUCUCUUCUUCUUGUUGGUAAAGAUUGUGACUAACCAACCAAGUCUACAUAAUCUAUAUCGAUGAUGUGGAUCGUCUUCUUCUUCUUCAUCAUCAUUACAAGCUUCUUUGCGACUCUAACGACAUCCACUUCUCCAGCUCUCCAUCCAGAUGAACUGCAUGCGCUUGGGGAGAUAGCUACUACACUUGGUAUAAAGAGAGUGAACCUAAGUUACAAAGACCCAUGCGUUUCACAAAGUCUAAUGAUCAUCAAACAAGUUGAUUGGAAUCCGGUGCUGAACAACACCAUUGCUUGUGAUUGUAGCUUCAACAACAACAUGACAUGUCAUAUUACAGAAUUAAGUCUCGUGAAUUUAACUCUUGUGGGGAAAGUUCCACCUGAGCUAGCCAAGCUUCGACAUCUCCGGUCAAUCGACUUAUCCGCCAACUACCUUACUGGCACGAUUCCACCCGAGUGGGUUUCAAUGCCAUAUCUCACUUUCAUCUGGCUCUGCGGGAAUCGUUUGUCUGGGAAUUUACCAACUUGGUGGCAAAACUUCAAGAAUCUGAAAUUCUUAGGGAUUGAAGGCAACCAGUUCUCUGGUACAAUUCCUGAUGAGCUUGGUAACUUGACCAAGCUUGUAAAAUUGGAUCUUGCAUCUAAUCAAUUUACAGGAAGCUUGCCUAUCACUCUCGCUCGACUAGUAAACCUUGAACAACUUUGGAUAAGUGACAACAAGUUUAGUGGAACCAUUCCAGCGUAUAUUGGCAAGUGGUCUCGGCUUAGAAAGCUAUUUCUACACGCGAGUGGACUGAAAGGACCUUUUCCUGAUGCAGUGGCAUGCCUAGAAAAUCUCAUUGAUCUGAGAAUAAGUGAUACCACUGGGAUAAACUCAUUUCCAAUUCUAUCCAGCAAAGUCAUUGAAACCCUGAUUUUGAGGAAUGUGGGUUUGUCUGGUCCAAUUCCUUCUUACAUCUGGAAUUUGCCAAACCUAACUAGACUAGAUUUAUCGUUUAACAAGCUGACUGGUGAAAUUCAGGACAUACAAAAAGCACCAAAACUUAAGUAUACCUACCUGACUGGCAACAUGCUUUCCGGAAACGUUGAGUCUGCUUUUUUAAUCAACAACAAACCAAAUAUAGAUCUCUCUUAUAACAAUUUCUCUUGGUCAUCUAGUUGUCAAGAAAAGAGUAACAUUAACACAUACCGGAGCUCAAUUUUGAAGAAUAAUUUAACUGGCCUUCUUCGCGCUGGUCCAGUCAACUGCAAGACCUAUCAGAGAUCAGUACAUAUAAACUGUGGUGGAGAAGAUUUAAAGAUUACAAACUCUUUCGGUAAAAUCACUUAUCAAGCUGAUAACAGUAAAACCAAUGCCGCAACAAAUCAUCACCAGCAAAACUGGGGAAUCAGCAACACAGGUGACUUCACCGAUGAUGCAUAUGUUGAUGACACGUUCAUCAUUUCAACUAGUUUAAGACUAUCUAAAGAUUCUCCCUAUCUCUACAAAACCGCGCGUCGAUCUGCUCUAUCUCUGGUUUACUAUGCAUUUUGCUUGGAAAAUGGAGCCUACAAUGUGAAACUCCAUUUUAUGGAGAUCCAGUUUUCAGAGAAAGAAGUAUACAGUCGUAUAGGGAGACGCAUAUUUGACGUUUAUGUUCAGGGAAAAUUGUUUUUGAGGGAUUUUAACAUCAAAGAGGAGGCUAACGGGACUCUGAAGCCUGUUGUGAAAGAGCUGAAAGCUAAUGUGACAGACCAUUUGUUAGAGAUUCGGUUGUAUUGGGCCGGGAAAGGGACAGCCCUCAUACCCAACAGAGGAAACUAUGGUCCUCUUAUUUCUGCUAUCUCCUUGUGUCACAGUCUGGAGCCACAAUGUGGAGCGGAGAAAAUAAAACAUCACAUUAGUUUUCCCCUAAUCUUGGGGGCAACAGGUGUCUUGGUAACAAUUACUCUCUUAGCUGUGGGAAUAUAUGCUCGGAGAAGAUGCCUUAAAGACAAAAAGAAGCGAGAGACACAUGAAGACUGCCUUUCUUACCGAACACACUCUUCAACUCUAAAUCAGAGAAAGUUAGAUGCUUCAAGCCUUGGUCUUAUGAAUAACCCAAGGAUUUGUAUAUUGUCAGGUGGCAAAACAAAAGCAAUGGCUAUGGUGGUGUCAGGUGGAAAGAUGCCACUUCACGCCAAUGCUCUUCCUCUAAGUAUCAUCAACACCAAAACAAGAGUCCGAAGUGUAUCCACAGUUCCCUUGUUCUCACCUGCUUCUCACAGCCCUUCCAGCUCCCUCUCCAUCCGCUUCAAGCUCUCACCGCGAGUGUCCCGGUCUCUCUCUGUGGUAUCUUCUGUUCUGUCAGAGGACAGAGCUACCGGAGUUAGUGGCUCAGGGGGGACAGAUGCAUUCAAGCUGACAUACUUGGAGGGAAAUAGCUGGCUAUGGGAAACGAGUGGACUGAGAAUCUUGGUUGAUCCUAUUCUCGUGGGUAAUUUGGACUUUGGCAUCCCAUGGCUCUAUGAUGCUGCCAAGAGAUUUUUGAACGGCUUCAAGCUUGAUGAUCUCCCUGAAGUUGAUUGCCUGCUCAUAACUCAAAGCCUUGAUGACCAUUGCCAUCUAAACACCCUCAGGCCACUUUCCAAGAAAUCUCCAGACGUAAAAGUGAUUGCAACUCCAAAUGCUAAGCCUUUGCUGGAUCCUCUUUUCAGAAAUAUCACUUAUCUGGAACCUGGAGAGAGCUACGAGCUAAAUGCAAGAAACGGCUCUAAGGUUCGAGUCAAAGCCACUGCAGGACCUGUCCUCGGUCCACCAUGGCAACGCCCUGAAAACGGAUAUCUUCUUGCUUCCCCUGAAGAUCAGAUAUCUCUCUACUACGAACCGCACUGUGUAUGCAACAUGGAACUUCUGAAGAAUGAAAGAGCCGAUAUUGUAAUCACACCGGUCAUCAAACAACUUCUCCCACAGUUUACUCUAGUUUCUGGCCAAGAAGACGCUGUCCAGCUCGCCAAAAUCUUAAAAGCCAAGUUUAUUGUGCCGAUGCAAAACGGAGAUCUUGAUGCAAAGGGGAUUUUAGCAAGUAUUAUUAAGAAAGAAGGAACGAUAGAGUCAUUUAAGGACUUAUUGUCUAGAGAGCUUCCCAAAGCUCAAGUGUUGGAGCCCAUAGCAGGCGUGCCGCUAGAGAUCUUGCCUCCAACGUCAGACGUUUAGAAUGUAACGGUUACAUGAACAUGAGGAUACACAUGUAAAUAUAUUAGGCAUUUUGUUGUUUUAUUUUUAUGUAAUGAACGAUGAUUAUUAUUACUAUGUGGUGAUUAUUUAUGAUCUUCGUGUUA